UCAAUUUUGCGUUUAAUCAAUCCUUCUCUUGUCUUCCCUUUGGAGAAACUUAAGUUUUGAGUGUGGAGUAUUCUUUGAUGAGAAGGUAGAACAAGUGUAAAUAAUUUUUUAUAGAAACCUCUGAUAUGGCUUUUACUACACCUCCAACUGAUUCUGAUUAUUUAUUUCCGGUAGCAAUUUUGCGAUUGCCAGUGGUAGAGAAUGACCGUAGUAUUCCUCUCAUAUGCAGCCUAGCUGAAGAGAGAAGAGUCUGCUUCCAUUGGGGCGGCGACCUGCAUUUUGUUCCUUUUGGAGACACCAAACUUCCAUGCUAUCAAUGGAACCUCCAUUUCAAAAGUCGAAAACUCAACUUGCAUGUUGCACACUGGGUUUUCUUUUCUCUGUCGAAAGCAGUCAAAAGGCAGGAUGAUUGUUGGAUCAGCUUGGCGGAGUAAUGGAAACAUUUUCUUGAGUAUUUCAUUUUGUCUGAGUGCUUCAUUUUUAUGAUAAAAGAUGAUGCAUCCUUCAAGCACCGAGGCUUGUUGUUCAGUUGGAGUUGCUCACUAAGAUGUAGGCACAAGUCACGUACUGAAUCGUAUACAAGUAGAGAUUCCGGGGACAGAAAUCUACCUCUCUUAUUUUAGCAGAUUGUUGUGAUUUGAGGUGCGGGGUUGAGGUUUGGUAAACAUGAGAUGCUUCAACGAGUUGUUCUUUGCUUAAUUCCUAGUGAGAAUGGGUCGUGACAAAUUCCCAAGCAAAAGGGAGAUUGAGGGAGCAACUUUCCUUCAUGGCGAACUUGAUUUCUGGAUUAUAGAAGCUAAAUCUCUUCCAAAUAUGGAUUUAAAUUCAGACAGAAUGAGGAGAUUGUUUUCAAUGUGUAGCUCUGGAAACAAAAAGAAGGCUUCUAGCAAGCCUUUUGGCAAAACCUCUAGCAAGCAUACUUUGAAUACUAGUGACCCUUAUGUAUCUGUUUGCCUUUCGGGGGCUACAGUUGCGCAAUCUAGAAUAAUUUCCAAUUGUGAGAACCCUGUUUGGGAUGAACAUUUUGUUGUGCCAGUUGCACACCCUGUAGGAAAAAUUGAGUUUCAUGUCAAGGACAAUGAUGUUCUUGGUGCUGAACUUAUAGGAGUAGUUGAGAUAGCUGUUGAAAAGGUCGUUACUGGAGAUGAAAUUAGCGGUUGGUUUGCUAUUGUUGGUAAUUCUAAGAGUGAUCGAAAUCCUGAACUGCAUGUUUCUCUUCAGUAUAAACCAGUGAGUGUAAACCCUAUAUAUCAACAAGGUGUAGGGAAGGGACCAGAUUACACGGGGGUUCCAUAUACAUAUUUCCCUCUCCGUAAAGUGGGGAAUAUAACCCUUUAUCAGGAUGCCCAUGUACCUGAGUUCAUGCUACCUGAAAUUCCACUUGAUAAUGGAAAAAGUUUUAAGCAAGGCAGUUGUUGGGAAGAUAUAUGCCAUGCCAUUCUGGAUGCUCGUCAUCUCAUAUAUGUAGUUGGUUGGUCUGUCUUCCAUCCUAUAAAACUUGUGAGGGAAUCAACAAAGCCUUUACCGGAGGAAGGCCAGCUUUCUUUGGGAGAGUUGUUGAAACACAAGUCGCAAGAAGGGGUCCGUGUGAUUUUGCUGAUCUGGGAUGAUAAAACUUCACAUGACAAGCUUCUGUUGAAAACGGAAGGUGUUAUGCAGACUCAUGAUGAAGAGACUAGAAAGUUUUUCAAACGCUCAAAUGUUCAUUGUGUUCUCUCUCCGCGCUAUGCAAGCAGCAAACUUAGUUUUUUCAAGCAACAGGUCGUGGGAACCCUUUUCACACAUCAUCAGAAGUGCGUGAUUCUUGACUCCCAAGGCUCAGGAGAAACUCGGAAAAUAACUGCUUUUAUUGGUGGUCUAGAUUUAUGCGAUGGUAGAUAUGACACACCUGAACACCGGCUCUUUCAAGAUCUUGACACUAUCUUUGAGGGUGAUUUUCAUAAUCCUACAUUUCCUACUAAUGCAUAUGGCCCAAGGCAACCAUGGCAUGAUCAACACUGCAAAGUGGAGGGCCCUGCUGCAUAUGACAUAUUGACUAAUUUUGAGCAACGAUGGAGAAAGGUUUCAAAAUGGCGUGACUUCAAGGUAAGAAAGGUCAGUCCUUGGCAGGAUGACGCCUUGAUAAAGCUAGACCGUGUUCCAUCAAUAGCAUGUCCCUCUCUUGGUUCUGAUGGAGACUCAGUUGUGCAUGUUAGAGAAGAAAAAGACCCAGAGAAUUGGCAUGUGCAGGUUUUCCGGUCCAUUGAUUCUGGAUCUGUAAAAGGAUUUCCUAAGGAUGUUAAGCAAGCUGCAGCUCAGAACCUUAUCUGUAGAAAGAACUUGAAGGUAGAUAUGAGCAUCCACACAGCUUAUAUAAAAGCAAUAAGAUCGGCACAGCACUUUAUAUAUAUAGAGAAUCAGUAUUUCAUUGGAUCUUCAUAUUAUUGGCCAUCCUACAAAAAUGCAGGUGCUGAUAACUUAGUCCCUAUGGAGCUGGCCCUGAAAAUUGCGGGAAAAAUCCGUGCAAAUGAGCGUUUCGCGGUGUAUAUAGUAAUACCUAUGUGGCCAGAGGGUGCGCCAACUAGCAAUGCUGUGCAGGAAAUAUUAUAUUUUCAGGGACAAACCGUGACCAUGAUGUACUCGAUCAUUGCAAAAGAACUACUAAAAGCAGGCCUUUCUGAUCAAUAUCAUCCACAAGAUUAUUUGAACUUCUAUUGCCUCGGUAAACGUGAGCCUCCAACUUCAGAAAGUUCAACUAAACUAAACCAUAAGGAUAACCGUGAACUGGCAUUGGUGCAAAAGUUCCGCAGAUUCAUGGUAUAUGUUCAUGCAAAAGGGAUGAUAGUGGAUGAUGAAUAUAUUAUAAUGGGAUCUGCUAACAUUAACCAGAGAUCCUUAGAAGGUUCAAGGGACACCGAGAUAGCUAUGGGUGCUUACCAGCCACAUUAUACAUGGGCAGGAAAGAAAUCCCACCCACAUGGCCAGGUUUAUGGUUACCGGAUGUCUCUGUGGGCUGAGCAAAUGGGAAAACUCGACGAUAAUUUCCAGGAACCAAAAAGCCUGGAAUGUGUAAAACUUGUUAAUGAGAUUGCCAAAAGUAACUGGAAAGCCUAUGUGGAUGAUGAAUACUGCGAAUUGACGGGACACUUGAUGCAGUAUCCAUAUGAAAUUGGAAGAGACGGGACGGUUAAUCCAAUCCCAGGCCAUGAAACGUUUCCUGAUGUUGGUGGUAAAGUUCUUGGAGCAUCAACCAACCUUCCUGAUGUUCUAACAACUUAAAGAACAGACAUGGCGACGCCAUUGUAAGCCACAAAUUGCAGGAUGUAUCAUUAAACAAGAGUUAAGAUAUGACAGAAAGUUAGAAAUUAUUUCAUGAGAAAAAUAAUAUUUUAAUGAUUUUUAAGACCUCAGAAGCUGUGCUGAGUGUAUUUAAAAAAAAACUUAUUUUUGAUGUAUAUCCCCUUCUUGCAAACAAGUUGUACAGAUAGAAAUCCUGCUCUCCUCGCUUCACAUUAAAUCAGUAUGAGAAUGUUGACAUUAGUCUUUUACUUUAUUACUUAAACCUUGUUUUAA